GUCAUUCAGGAGCUCCUGGUGCGCGGGCUCGACUUGGACUUCAGCGCUCUCGGCCGGGAGCAGCCGUCUGUGCUGUGGUUGGCCGCAGCCAACAACGACCUCGAAGUCUUGCAGAUGUGCUUGGCCUGUGGGGCAGACCCACACCGCGAUAGUAGCGGCGUCCUCCCAACAGAGGUCGCAGCCUCCACAGGUGCCCUGCAGGCCCUGGCCUUGCUCCUGCGCAUAGGAGCAGUUCCCGGCCGAGCGGUGCACUUUGCUGCAGCUACCUCGCAGCUAGGCGCUCUCCGCGUUCUCAUCAACACCCGGGCGGAGCUCAGGACCCGCGUCAACGGCCUCUCGGCUCUUGGUGUGGCAGUGGCGCGGGACCACGAUGAGGCGACAAAGCUGCUCCUCGCACAGACCUGGGGCCACGAGCCAACCUUAGGCAGCAUGGCUUGCGAAGCUUUGGGACUUGAGGCCGACAGCAACAUCCUUCACUUGGCAGCCUUGGGCGGACUGGACCGUGCCUGUGAUUUACUGUUGCAGCGUGGGGUACGGCCCCAGCCAGCGGGCAUCCCCCGCACAGCAGGCUCUCAGUUGGCCCAGGAGCACGUGCGUGCAGUCCUGGAGCCACACCGCUGGACCCUGCUGCGGCGCUUGUGUCCUGAGGAGGGCAAAGUGGCGAAGGCCCACGAGGCCUUCAAGCAGGUGCUCGACGAGGUGGGCUCCGACCCCAAGGUUGUGGCAAUUUGCGCCGGGGUCGGCGGUAUUCGGCCCCUGGCGCUGGCGGCGCUGCUGGACGAUGCCGAA